GCGCGGCGGGGCCUGGGCCUGGGAGCGGUUGGGGCUCGAGGGGCCGUGUCGGGGCCGCUGUCGGGCUGGGCUGGGCCGGGCCGAGCCUCGCGCCGGCUCUUCAGCACCCGCAACAUCCUGGUGGAGCUGGAGGAGGGCGCGGGGGUAGCUGUGAUGAAGAUGAAGAGUCCUCCUGUGAACAGCCUCUCCUUAGACUUCCUAACAGAGUUUUCAAUAAGCCUGGAGAAACUGGAGAAUGACCGAGGCUGCCGUGGAGUCAUCCUGACAUCUGCUGUCCCGAAAAUCUUCUCAGCUGGCUUGGAUAUCAAGGAGAUGUGUGGGAAGAGUGCAGAGCACUAUGCCGAGUUCUGGAGAGCUGUGCAAGAAAUGUGGCUUAAGCUAUACAAAUCCAACAUGGUGACAAUCGCCGCCAUCAAUGGAAACUGUCCUGCAGGAGGUUGUCUGAUGGCUGUGUCCUGUGACUACAGAAUCAUGGCCGAGAACCCCAAAUACAGCAUUGGACUGAAUGAAACACAACUGGGCAUUGUUGCACCUUUCUGGUUCAAGGAUACAAUGGUGAACACAAUUGGACACAGAGCUACUGAGCGUUCCCUUCAGCUGGGACUCUUGUACUCUGCAUCUGAUGCCCUUAAGAUAGGCAUAGUAGAUGAAUUGGUACCAGAGGAGAAAGUUCUGAAUGCGGCUGCUGCUACCAUGUCACAGUGGCUGGCUAUUCCUGACUAUGCCCGUCAGAUCAGCAAGUCUAUGAUGAGAAAGCCAACUCUGGAUCGCCUGCUUACCCACCGUGAAUCUGACAUUCAGAACUUUGUCAGUUUUGUCACAAAGGACUCCAUUCAGAAGUCACUUCAGAUGUACAUGGAAAGUCUAAAACAGAGGAAAGGCUGAGGAUCCAGCCUGCUGACCUGGGAGAGAGGAGACCUCUUCACAAAUCUCCCAAAAAUGCUGCAGUAGCUGAAGACAUUAAAUGAAAUAUUUUUUUUUCCAUGUAAGCCAUCAGAUUUAUACAGUCUGUCCCUUUUAGCAUUCUGUUUCUAAUUCAGUCACACUAAUGCCCUGUUGUAUGGUGCCUGAUGCCAAUGAUGCCUUUUUUCUCCCAACUUUCUGAAGAAAACAUUAAUUGUUCUGGUGAUCUGAGUAAUAAAAUUACUUGGAGUGCAAGCAAAAGCAGCUGGGGAGUUGGAGGCUGAGGUUGGAUGUCCGAGGCCACCUAGUACUUGGAUUUCCAAGUACUUGGUACUUGGAUGCCUUCUUAAAAAGGGGUGGUUUCUUUUAUCUUUUUCUUCAUCUUCAUUAUUACUUUUUAUGUGAAGAGUCAAUAAAAGGUUUUGUGAGGACAGA